AUGCUAAAUGAGUUUGUACGAACCAGUAAGUUUUUAUUCGAUACUAUUUUUCGAAUUGGUUCAGGAGUUUCGAAUGCCUUUGGGUACGAUGCCGAUGAAGAUACUGAUAUCAAUGAAAAUAUUAACAUUAAAACGUGUGAUUGUGAUUGUGGGUUUUCAAACGAAGAAAUACGAAUAGUUGGUGGAAAACCAACGGGAGUGAAUCAGUAUCCUUGGAUGGCACGGAUUGUAUAUGAUGGAAAGUUUCACUGUGGAGGAUCACUGCUAACUAAGGAUUAUGUAAUUACUGCCGCUCAUUGUGUUAAAAAAUUACGAAGAUCAAAAAUACGAAUAAUAUUUGGAGAUCAUGAUCAACAAAUCACUUCAGAAUCCCAAGCUAUACAACGGGCAGUUACUUCUAUAACAAAACACAAGAGCUUCGAUCCUGAUACAUAUAACAACGAUAUUGCAUUGUUAAGAUUAAGAAAACCAAUAGUAUUUUCAAAAAUAAUUAAGCCAGUUUGUCUUCCUCGAUACAACUACGACCCUGCAGGACGCAUUGGAACAGUUGUUGGUUGGGGUCGCACAUCAGAAGGAGGAGAAUUGCCGUCUAUUGUUAAUCAAGUAAAAGUUCCAAUUAUGUCAAUUACCGAAUGCCGCAAUCAAAAAUAUAAGAGUACUCGAAUAACUUCAACUAUGCUGUGUGCAGGGAAACCAAGCAUGGAUUCAUGUCAAGGAGAUAGUGGAGGACCGCUUUUAUUAUCUAAUGGAGUCAAGUUUUUUAUUGUUGGUAUUGUGUCUUGGGGUGUUGGAUGUGGCCGUGAAGGUUAUCCAGGUGUCUACACUCGCGUAAGCAAAUUUGUUCCGUGGAUUCAAUCAAAUUUGGAAAACUCUUGCUUAUGUACAUAAUAACUAGUAAGUAGUUUCUUAAAAUUAAUUUCAG